GUCCCGCAUCUUGACCCUGACGAAUCUCCCACAUCUCCUUCCCUCAAACGCCAUCUCCUCGUGUUCGAACCCUCGCCGUUGAACACCAGGGCCUUGCUACGAUGACGCAGACGAAAGACACGGGGAAGAAGUAUCACGAAAAAGCGACGGGGCUCGCGCUCCAGACUGCGGAGAGACAUCGCGCCUGCGAGCACGGGCAUCGUGCUGUUCGGAAGCUGUUUCUGUCCCUUCGUGCAGCGUGUCUGGGUACAGGUUAUAUCGAUUUACAUUCGCUCCCGACGAUUGAUCAGAUCGACUGGGUCCAGGUCGCGUUCGAAUACCUGGGCAUCGACUACCAGUACGACGAAGUCGAUCCGUACGAGAAGCCGGCCGACCUGCUCGAAGUCUCGCCCAAGGGUCUCGUACCCGGGCUGAGGCUGAACGCCUACGACCCGCCGCGGGCCCUGAACGAAAGUACGGUCAUCCUCGAAUACCUCGAGGAGUUGGCCGCGAACGAGACCGGGCGAUCGUUACUUCCUCCCCUCUCGGAUCCCUACGCACGCGCGCUCGUCCGUCUUCAGGCCGACCACGUCUCGCGCACGCUCGUGCCUGCAUUCUACCGAUUCUUGCAAGCCCAAGAUAUCGACAGACAGAUCGAGCACGGCAAAGAGUUCCACGCGGCGCUCGAAGACCUGGUCAAAAUCCUGGAACGCACCGAGCGCGAGACCCCUUCCGAGUCGCAGCCGGCGCUGGGCUUAUGGAAAGAAGGCGGCGACUUGGGCUGGACGGAUGCUCUAGCCGGGCCCUGGCUCUUCCGUGCGACCAACGUUCUCCACGAGUACCGCGGGUUCGAGAUGCCGCAGGGGACGAGGUUCAGAGCGUGGCUGGAACGGCUAUUCGCGCACCCCGCGUUCGCGCAGACGUGCAGCACGAGGGAACUGUACAUUGAUAGCUACGAAAGGUAUGCGUUCAACCGCCCGAACACGAGUCAAGUGGCGAACGCGAUCAAUGCUGGAAGGGGGCUUCCUUGAACGAGCAUUAAGCUCGGUGUGAACUUCGGUGAUGGGGUUACUGAACGGCGGUGCAGUCGUGAUGGGAGGAGGGAGAUCCUCGGCCGUGUGAUUGCCUCGUGUACGGAAUGUCCCAUGUAUUGCAGAAAGACAAUCUGCCUCUUCUGUCUCGAGCGCUCGCGGUAGCCAUGGCGCAUGAUUCCC